GCUUUUUGCCGAGCCGUAAACUGGUGUUGGCGCUAUUCGAGUUAUCGAGGGCUAAAGGCUUUUUGCCGACCCAACAUUGGACCACACUGGGGCACAUAGACCUUCUCGGUUACGAUGAUGUUUUGGUUCCCAAACCCGAUCGUAAGAAAGCAAGAGAUUGGGAAGACAAACGUUCGCGUGGGCAAACACAUAUCCACCAGCCGAUUAAAGGGACGAUUAACGGGAAUGGAAAUGUAAUCGGGAAUAUAAACGGCACUAACAAUUUCAAACCUUCCUUUGCUACAUCAAAAAGGGGUUUGAAUCGUGAAAAGAACAAGGAUGAAGUUACAAAACGGGUUAAAAUCGAAUCACAAGAUCUACCUAUUGAGACCGACUCUGAAGAAAGCAUUGAGGAUAAACCUAAAGCUAGUACUCCACCACCAUUUUUUUAUAUUAGCUCAGAAUCUGAAUCUGAUGAAGACUAUAACUCGGAUAAGGAUGAUGACUCAUUCAAUUAUGAUAUUAAAGCGGUUUCAUUCGAUGAUUAUUUAAACCCAAAUAAAACGAAAUCCGAAUGGAAAUUAGAAGAUGGUCGUCUAAUUAUUGAUAUUGCUAGCACUAAGACUGCUGAGGUGGUAAAAUUAGCGAUGGAAAAGAAGAACGAACGAACACAAUUUAUGAAAAGUGUUAUCCGAUUAGGGCUUUCAUCAAUCGUCGAUUUAUCUUCAGAGUUUGAAAAUGGAAUGUGUACGUGGUUUGGGCAGGAAUGGACGGAUAUUAAAAGAAAGAUGUGCGAUAGGUACAAAUAUAAUGAAGCAUGCGACUAUUUAUAUAAGAUUAGAACCGGCAACCAUUCCCAAAUAGUACAGCAAAUAGCCAGAAUAUAUUUCUACGUGAUUGAUGAAUUUUUAAAAAAUCCGUUCAUAUUUGUAGACAAAACAGGAAAAUAUAAGGAAAUCAGCGAGAUUGAAUAUGCAAUGGCUAUGACUGCACCAAUACUAAAUAAUGUAUUCAAUGAUGUCUUUGAUUAUCUGGAACUUCGUUGGGGAGAAACAUUAUCUAAGACUAUGUCUGAUCGUCGUCGAAAAAUCGAUUUGAGAAUUGUUCAUAAAACCAAAAAAAUUGAACUCAGCCAUUCCGAAGCCGCCAAAGCUCCUACACCCGGAAAAGCUGUACAAGAUCGUUCAAAAUGUUUACGAACAUUGAAAGGUGUUCUUGAUAAUUUCUUAAAAGAAGAUUUAUCUGAUGAGGAGGUUCAGGACUCAAAAAUAUUAGGCAUUCAAUUUGCUGGUUUGAAUGGGCAAAUAAUAGGGAUAGAUCUUCUUGAUGAUGGACUUUAUUUCGGGUUAGAGGGACCAACUUUUAGUUUUCCGGCGCAACUCACAAAUAUCAAAUGUCUUCGUAGUGCGCUGGAAGCCUUAUAUUUUUUCAAACAAAAAAUUGUUAAAAAAAUGAUGCUAAUACCUGAUCCAGAAAAG